ACUUGUGGUUGGCUCCCCUUUACGGCCUUACGAAAACGCAUCAUAUGUAAUGAGCAAACGCACCGUUUUCUCUUUUCUAAAAAGCAGCUUUCUCUCGACUGUGAAAUCGUAAUCGGACCAAAAUACCAGAGAUAGAAUGGGGACGAGGACGAAUUUCUACAAGAAUCCUUCGAUCUCUUACAAAAAAGACUUCAGCCUCUCUUCUGUUCUUCAAAAUCUCCAAGCUUAUAACGUCGCUACUGGGAGUGCCCCUGUGACCCAAGAGCAACAGUACCUCGAUAAAGAGAAUGAUAGACGGGGCUGCAAAAAGGCUGGACAGAAACGCCGCUCGUCGGAAAAUCCACGGUUUGAUAGGCGUGGUGGAGUCGAAGAGCAUGAUGGAUCGAUGACGCACCAGGAUUACAUUGAUAAGAGAAGGAAGGAAGUGAGCUCAUCUCAUCCAUACGAAGCAUUAACUGCUGAUGUUUUGGGAACUUCAAGCUCGGUUUUUAAUUUGGUAAACUAUGGAAGUGAUGAAAGUACUUCAGAAUCUGAUGAGGAGGAGCCCCAACAUUCUGGCCACACAAAUGGAGUUGAUCAGGUCAAGACGAGAAGUGAGCAACGUUUUCCUGCUCCAGAAGAACCCGUUUGUGUGAUAUGUGGAAAAUAUGGAGAAUAUAUAUGCAAUGAGACUGAUGAUGAUAUCUGCAGUCUAGAAUGCAAAGAUGAACUUCUGCGAAGUCUUAAACUUGCUAAGGACAAGUUAAGCAACCAAAAGCUAGAUAUUCCUUAUUCUGGACCUAAAUGCGUGUCAUCAAUGCCUGAGCUUGGGGAGGACACUUGGGACUAUAACCGCAAUUGCUGGUCCAAGAAGAGCUCUAAUCUCUGUACUUAUAAGUGUUGGAAAUGCCAGAGGCCCGGUCACCUUGCUGAAGAUUGUUUGGUGAAAACAUGUAACCAGGUGGCAGAAGAGCAGAACAAGAAUUCAGUGCCCAAAGAUCUUCUUGGGCUCUACAGAAGAUGUCAUCAAAUUAGUAAAACUUUGUCAGCAGCAAACUGCAAUGUAUGCCGCAGUUCUUUAAGUUUGGCAACAUGCCUUCGUUGUAGUGCAGUCCUUUGUGACAAUGCAGGACAUUUGGAUGAGCACAUAAGAACACAUCCAUGCCAUCAGCAAUAUUACUCGCAUAAACUUAAACGUUUGGUGAAAUGCUGCAAAUCAACAUGUGAGGUGACUAACAUCAGGGAUCUUUUGGCUUGCCAUUACUGUUUUGAUAAAGCUUUUGACAAGUUCUAUGAUAUGCAUACUGCAACUUGGAAAGGAGCUGGAUUAUCAAUGAUAUGGGGUUCUGUUUGCUGUGAAGAUCACUUUGAAUGGCAUAGGAUGAAUUGCUUGAACGCUGAUGUAGAGGAUAGAGCAUAUAUCAUUAGUAAGAAUGCUGAGAAAAACAAACGUAUUCUUCAGCUUAACGACUUCAUUUUCUAAUCGGGUCCUCAAGGCAAACUAUUACCUUGCAUUAUACAUAGCCUCCAGCCUUCCACAUUUAUGUCUGCUGCUACAAUCAUACUGAGCUGUGUGGUGGAUUUGCGGUAUAAGAAAGUCUGAAAUUGGAACAUGCAGGUAUCAAUGUGCCCCCAGCUUUUCGAGGCUUGCAGUUUCGCGUAGAUGCUGAAUGUUUGCUUUCUUCACAUGUUGAUCAUUCCAACUGUAAAAUCAGCUGUUAUCUGGACAAACGGAUACAGCACUAGAAGAUGCAAUGUAUGGAUGAGAUAUGUCUUUCUUCUAUCUCCACACCGAUCACAGAGUAGAAUUUUGUUUGUGUAUACUUGUGUGGGUUCACAUUGCAGCAAAUGCAAUGUUGGUUCUAGUUUCCAUUGGGAAGAAUUGCUAAAAUAAUAAUUACGAUUUAGAUUGAACUUUAUUAUUUAUUUU